AUGUUCCACCAGGUGCUGAUCCGACCUGAAGAUAGAUGUGGUCAUUCCCGAUUUCUGUGGAGAGAUGGGGAUGACCAGCGGGACCCCGACGUUUACGAGAUGUGCGUGAUGACCUUUGGAGCUGCAUGCUCACCGAGUGCGGCGCAUCAUGUGAAGACAGUGAAUGCCAAGCGAUUCCUGGAUACGGAUCCCAGAGCAGUCGAAGCCAUCGUGGAGUGCCACUACGUGGAUGACUAUGUGGACAGCUUCGCCACAGAGAGCGAAGCUAUCGAAGUAUCUAACAGAGUGAAGGAGAUACAUGCAGAAGGCGGUUUUGAGCUUUGCAAGUUUUCGUCCAGUUCGCCUACAGUGGAGAGGAUGCUUGGACCCGGUGUUCACGCCCAGAGUAUUGGAUGGGGUGAGGCCGAGCAAAAGAUUUUGGGAAUGCGGUGGCAGCCGGCCACGGACGACUUCAGGUUUCGAGUGAAGUACCACAAAGUUGCCCCCGUCGUGUCCGAUGGGAAGAUAAUUGCCACAAAUAGGGAAUUCUUGAGUAUGGUCAUGUCAACGUUCGACCCCUUGGAAUUUCUAUGUCGCCUAAUGAUAACAGCGAAGUUAUUGUUGCGAGAGGUCUGGAAAAGGAGGAUCCCAUGGGAUGAACCACUACCGGCUGAGAUGUACAACGCCUUUAUGGAUUGGCGUAAAGAGAUGGAGGAAGUGGAACGUUUUCGGAGCCCACGUCACUACUUUGGAUACGGGCUGGUGAAGACUAUCGAGAUGGACGUAUUUGUGGAUGCGAGUCAGUCGGCAUUCGCAUCAGUGGUCUUCUGGAGGAUCACGUAUGAGGACGGCAACGUGCAAGUGAGUGUGGCCAUUGCAGAGACUGUGCUAUGGACGGAUUCAAAGACAGUGCUGCGUUGGAUUGGCAGCACACACAGGCGCUACGUAGGGAACAGAGUAGCCGAGAUUCUGGAGUCAACGAAGGUGGACAACGUGGCAGAUGAUGCAACUCGGGCGCAACGCAGCGUGGACCUAAGCGAGGAGUCACGCUGGUUAAGAGGACCGGCAUUCCUGAGGAGACCAGCGGGCAGCUGGCCAGGAACUGCACCCACCGACGAAGCGGAUGCAGAAGACGAAGAGGAGAUGCCGAGUGAGUUCGUGCUUGUUGGCGACCCGUUUAUAUCGCUGGAGAGAUUUUCAAGCUACAGGCGAUUGCUGAGAACUACGGCCUGGGUCCUAAGGCUCAUACGUCGAUGCCGUGGACAACGAGAUGAACUGGAGAACUACGGCCUCACUGUAGCUGAGUGUGAAGCAGCUGAGGACUUGUUAGUCCGUAGAGCACAACGUGAGGCCCGAUGA